AUGGCGGCCAGCGCUUCUUCCUGCUCCGCCGCCGUUUUCGAGUUCAUCACCUUCUGGCAACCAAGCCAGCUCCGGCCCUCAACCCUGUCCCCAGGGGCCGGCGCUCUCGGGUCGACGCUGGGAUGUCUUCCCUCGACGACCCCACUCUCCCAAUCCUUUGAUACCUUUGCCCAAGAGUCGGAUCUUUGGACAGAUUCAGAACUGUCCUUUGCCGAUACCGACUGGAAUUAUCUGUCUCUCCAAAAUGCACCUCCCUAUCCUACUGCCUUUGACGCAUUCGAUAUGUCUGUCAACGAUCAGGGAUACGGGGUGGCUUCGGCCUACCCUUCCCUUUCGGAUUCGGGAUCCAUUGAAUCUCAAGCUCUCCCUACUUCCUCACUCGCUUCUAGUUCAGCGAAUUCCCAAGACGGGCAUUCAAAUGCUUCUCCUGCAUCUCAGAUAUUGAGCCUUGGUCCAACAACGUCUCAACCUAGCCCUGCGACAUCGCAGGGUGACAGUGUCUUAAGUCGUGUUGAGUCGUCUCGCGUAGAAAAGCGCAAACUCAAUACACUUGCGGCUCGGAGAUGCCGACAGAGACGUGUUGACCAGACAAAGAAUCUCGAGGAUGAACUAGAAAAGAUGAGGAAGGAACGAGAUGAAUUGAGACUUAAGGUUUCGAGACUAGAAGGGGAAACACAGGCUUUGAAAGGGCUCCUUGCUCGAAAGAGCAAUUGA